AUGAUCGGAGGGCUUUUCAUCUACAACCACAAGGGGGAGGUGCUCAUCUCCCGGGUCUACCGAGACGACAUCGGGCGGAAUGCUGUGGAUGCUUUCCGCGUCAACGUGAUUCACGCCCGGCAGCAGGUGCGCUCCCCUGUCACCAACAUUGCCCGCACCAGCUUCUUCCAUGUCAAGCGUUCCAACAUCUGGCUGGCAGCCGUCACCAAGCAAAAUGUCAAUGCCGCCAUGGUCUUUGAGUUCCUGUAUAAGAUGUGUGAUGUCAUGGCCGCCUACUUCGGCAAGAUCAGUGAGGAGAACAUCAAGAACAACUUUGUGCUCAUCUACGAGCUGCUGGAUGAGAUCCUGGACUUCGGCUACCCACAGAACUCGGAGACAGGCGCUUUGAAAACGUUCAUCACCCAGCAGGGCAUUAAGAGCCAGCAUCAGACAAAGGAAGAACAGUCUCAGAUCACCAGCCAGGUAACAGGGCAGAUCGGUUGGCGGCGUGAGGGCAUCAAAUAUCGUCGGAAUGAGCUUUUCCUGGAUGUGCUUGAGAGCGUCAACUUGCUCAUGUCUCCUCAAGGGCAGGUGCUCAGUGCUCACGUGUCUGGCCGGGUGGUGAUGAAGAGCUAUCUGAGCGGCAUGCCCGAGUGCAAGUUCGGGAUGAACGAUAAGAUUGUCAUUGAGAAGCAGGGCAAGGGCACAGCUGAUGAGACGGGCAAGAGUGGGAAGCAGUCCAUCGCCAUAGAUGACUGCACCUUCCACCAGUGUGUGAGACUCAGCAAGUUUGACUCUGAACGAAGCAUCAGUUUCAUCCCCCCAGAUGGAGAGUUUGAGCUUAUGAGGUACCGAACCACCAAGGACAUCAUCCUUCCCUUCCGAGUGAUCCCCCUGGUGCGGGAGGUGGGACGGACCAAACUGGAGGUCAAAGUUGUCAUUAAGUCCAACUUCAAACCUUCCUUGCUGGCCCAGAAAAUCGAGGUCCGGAUCCCAACACCGCUGAACACAAGUGGAGUUCAAGUGAUCUGCAUGAAGGGAAAAGCCAAGUACAAGGCCAGUGAGAACGCCAUCGUGUGGAAGAUCAAGCGCAUGGCGGGAAUGAAGGAAUCACAGAUUAGCGCGGAGAUUGAGCUGCUGCCAACCAAUGACAAGAAGAAAUGGGCUCGGCCUCCUAUCUCCAUGAACUUUGAGGUACCGUUUGCACCCUCUGGCCUGAAGGUGCGAUACUUAAAGGUGUUUGAACCCAAGCUGAACUACAGCGACCACGAUGUCAUCAAAUGGGUGCGCUACAUCGGCCGCAGUGGCAUCUAUGAAACCCGCUGCUAGCUGCCCCGCCAUGGUCUCACGAAAUCUUCACCAACCUGGGUGCCCCCUGGGGAGGAGCCAGGCUGGGCUGUCUGCCCCAACUCCUCCCUAUUGGUGUCUCCUCUUUCCUGCACCGCUGCACACCCCCUGCACAAGCCCCUAGACUAGGUCUGGACCGACCCUACCAUGAAGGGGAUGAAGUGGCCCUUAGGCCCCAAAGUUCCCCCAACCCUCAUUUUGUCCGUCCCAGCCCAGCUCUGGGCUCUGUUUGAGUUUUGUGACCAAAGCCAGGCCAGGGUCUCUUGGGUGGCUGGGCCUCUGACCCUCUCCCAGGGGUGGAGGGGGGUGGGGCCCGGCUGCCAGAGCCCCUAGCCUCUGCACCUCCCUGAAAGGCCAGUAACUGCCUCCUGCCCCCUCCUCCCCCCUUCAGCCCCUUGCUUUGGGAUAGUGUGAGCUCCAUUUUGUACACGUGUGACUUGUCCAGUUAUCAACCCAAUAAAUUCUGUAGAGCAGAGGCUCCAA